GUCGGGUAACACAAAUUUCUCCAAAAUUUUGUUUGGUUAACGAGAAAAUUAAUGGAAGUUUGAAUAUUUUCGACGCUAUUAUUAAAUACCCAAAUUUUCUUCCUCGAAUUUCUUAGUAACCAUUUGUUUUUCUUAAAGAGGAUGUUUUUUUUUCUUGCGAUCUUAGUAACCAUCAGAGAUCGCAAAGUUACAAUCUUCGAUACUUUUCUUACUUAGUUAGCUAAUCUUUACUUAAUUUCCGAAUAGCAAUGUAAUUAAAACAGUCAAUGCAUCACAAAUUUGGGCGCUUCAAUCCCUUGUGUGAAGGGGUGAGGAUUACAAGUAAAAGAGGAGAGUUGCCAUGAUAGGAAGUGCUCGUGUUCGGUUGAACCGGUGGCAGCAGGCAGCCGUUGCGGUUGGCUCAGCUGUGGGCGCAUUGCUGGACCCAAGAAGAGCUGACCUCAUAGCAGCUCUUGGAGAGACAACUGGGAAGCCUGCAUUUGAAAGAGUUCUUGAAAGAAUGAAGAAGAGCCCUGAAGGCAGGGCUAUACUGUUGGAGCAACCCCGUGUAAUAUCUGUAAAAGUGGGUCAUGCAUGGGAUCUACCAGCAAACACAUUUGGUGCGGCCUAUGCAAAGUUCAUGGGAUCCAGGAACUUCUCCCCAGAUGAUCGACCACCAGUGCGGUUCAUGGAAACGGACGAGCUUGCAUACGUGGCCAUGAGGGCUCGCGAGGUGCACGACUUCUGGCACACCCUUUUUGGCCUUCCAACGAACUUGAUGGGUGAAUCAGCACUCAAGGUAAUAGAGUUUGAGCAAAUGUACCUUCCCAUGUGCCUGAUGUCCGUUAUAGGGGGGUCUGCAAGAUUCAGUGAGAAGCAAAGAAAAUUGUUCUUUCAACACUACUUUCCUUGGGCCAUCCGAGCCGGAAUGCAGUGCACAGAUCUCAUGUGUAUAUAUUAUGAGCAGCACUUUCAUGAGGACUUGGAGGAUGUUCGGAGAAAAUGGGGCAUAAUUCCUGCUCCUGCUGUUCCUAAACAAACCCGAGCACCGGCAGCUUCAUCUGCUAUGGGGGAGAAACUGUAGAUUUCUCGAGCACACGAACUGGUUAACAGACUAAAUUUUGUUUGAACACAUCGAGAAUUACCGUAUGAUUUCAAUCUUCAGAAAUUGAAUCUCGUGGGACAAGAUAACUCAUGUAAAUUAUGUCCAGUCCUUGCCAGCACGUCUAAUCAUUUCAUCGUUGGAUCUUAUAUUCCUGGAGAAACCAAUUUGAUUUAUUGAUUUGCCUCGGAAA